GUUAGUGUCAGUGAGGAGGAGUUGAUCAGUGUUGAUGUUGUCGUCCUCAGAUCCUCCUCCUGCUCGUCGGAUCAUAAAGACUCCACAGAUUCAACUGUCUCAGUCUGAAGGAGAAUCAACAGUCACCAAGACUUCAGCUCCUCUUCCUGUAUACUGGACAUUUCCCAACCACACAUUCAAUAAGACAACAACAACUAUGUGACCAUGACACCAUUUAAACCUGUGGAGCCCAGCUUCAGCUUCACAGAGGUCAAAGGGAGCCGUGAUGACACCAGAGGACCUCUUGAACACUCUGGAAGAUCUGGGAGAUGAGGAAUUCAGUAAAUUCAAGUGGUUCCUGCAGCAGCCUGACAGCCUGCAAGGCUUCCUGAGCAUCAGAAAGAGAGACCUGGAGACAGCAGACAGGUUAAAAACUGUGGACCUGAUGGUGCAGACGUACAGACUUCCUGGAGCUGUGGAGGUGACCAGGAAGCUUUUAGAGAAGAUCAACAGGAACGACCUGGUGCAGAGUUUGUCUGACAGCAGCUCAGGACCAGAAGUGGAUGUCAGUGAUGUUGGGGAGACUUCAGAGAACAGAGGACCUUCCUCCUCUCAGACUCAGCCUCCUCUUCCUCAGACUGAAGGUAAAGCUGCUGUGUUCUCUGAUGUGAUGGUUCCAGUACCAGAGCCACAUCCCAUCAAAUAUUACCAACAGAUGCUUCAAUCAAACUUCCAGGACAAGUUCAUGUGUGCACAAGAAGGGUGGGCAGAAGAUAAAGAGCGUCUGGUUGAUAUCUACACAGAGCUGUACAUCACAGCUGGGACUGACGUCCAUAUCAACACACAGCAUGAGGUCAGACAGAUUGAGAAACCAGGGAAACCAGCAGAGACAGAGAAACCAGUUAAACCCAGUGACAUGUUCAAACACCCCUCUGGAGAAUACAGACCCAUAAAAACAGUGCUGACCAAUGGAAUUGCAGGAAUUGGAAAAACGUUCCUUGUGCACAAGUUUGUGUUGGACUGGGCUGAAAAAAGAACCAAUCAAGACGUUCAUCUCAUUUUCCCCUUCACCUUACGUCAGCUGAAUUCACUGAAGGGAGAAAAGUUUCGUUUGGCAGAGCUCAUUCAUGAAUGUAUCCCAGAAACUAUAGACAUCAAAGAGGAAGCUCUUAAUUUCAUCUUUCAGACUCUACAGUCAUCAGGAAACACCAACUAUGACAAGAGCAAAUUCAAACUUCUGUUUGUGUUUGAUGGACUGGAUGAGAGCCGCCUUCAUCUGAACCUUAAUGUCAAUGAUCUUCACUCUAUUGAUGUAACAAAGUCAACUACAGCAGAUGUCCUGCUGAGGAAACUCAUCAAUGGGAAACUGCUACGCUCUGCUCGCAUCUGGAUAACCACACGACCUGCAGCAGCCAAUCAGAUCCCUCGAGAGUUUGUCAACAUGGUGACGGAGGUCAGAGGGUUCACUGACCCACAGAAGGAGGAGUACUUCAGGAAGAGGUUCAGAGAUGAGGAUCAGGCCAGCAGGAUCAUCUCCCACAUCAAGACCUCACGAAGCCUCCACAUCAUGUGCCACAUCCCAGUCUUCUGCUGGAUCACUGCUACAGUUCUGGAGGAUGUGUUGAAAACCAGAGAGGGAGGAGAGCUGCCCAAGACCCUGACUGAGAUGUACACCGAAUUCCUGGUGUUUCAGAUCGGUCGGACAAAAGAGAAGUACGGCCCAGAAAAGUGCCUUCAGCACAUGAAGUCAUUAUCAAAACUGGCUUUUCAUCAGCUGGAAAAGGGCAACCUGAUCUUCUACCAGAAAGAUCUGACAGAGAGUGGCAUUGAUUUCAGUGAAGCCUCAGUGUGCUCAGGAGUGUUCACAGAGAUCUUUAAAGAAGAGCGAGGAAGGAAAGAGAAAGACAAGAUGUUCAGCUUUGUGCAUCUGAGCGUUCAGGAGUUUCUGGCUGCUGUUUAUGUGGAGGAAUCACUGAUUAACAGAAACAAAAAUGUGAUGCUUUCACCACGACCAUCACUCCGAAAUAUACGACUGCUUUUAAGCAAAACAUCUUCAACAAAGAUCCACAGGACUGCCAUCGACAAGGCCUUACAGAGUCCAAACGGACAGAUGGACUUGUUCCUUCGCUUCCUCCUGGGUCUUUCACUGCAGACCAAUCAGGACAAACUACAGGACCUCCUAAAUAGGACAGACAGUAGCUCACAGACCAAUCAGGAAACAGUCCAGUACAUCAAGAAGAAGCUCAGUAAGAAUCUGUCUCCAGAGAAAAACAUCAACCUGUUCCACUGUCUGAAUGAACUGAAUGAUCGUUCUCUAGUGGAGGAGAUCCAACAGUCCCUGAGUUCAGGACGUCUCUCCACAGAUAAACUGUCUCCUGCUCAAUGGUCAGCUCUGGGCUUCAUCUUACUGUCAUCAGAAAAAGAUCUGGACGUGUUUGACCUGAAGAAAUACUCUGCUUCAGAGGAGGCUCUUCUGAGGCUGCUGCCAGUGGUCAAAGCCUCCAACAAAGCUCUAGUGAGUGGUUGUAACCUCUCAGAGAGAAGCUGUGAAGCUCUGUCCUCAGUUCUCAGUUCCCAGUCCUCUAGUCUGAGAGAUCUGGACCUGAGUAACAAUGACCUGAAGGAUUCAGGAGUGAAGCUACUGUCUGUUGGACUGAAGAGUCCACACUGUUCACUGGAGUCUCUCAGGUUGUCAGGCUGUCAGGUCACAGAGGAAGGCUGCUCCUCUCUGGCCUCAGCUCUGAGAUCCAACCCCUCCCAUCUGAGAGAGCUGGACCUGAGCUACAAUCAUCCAGGAAACUCAGGAGUGAAGCUGCUGUCUGCUGGACUGGAGGAUCCAGACUGGAGACUGGACACUCUCAGGCUGGAAUAUGGUGGAAAGCAGAGGCUGAAACCUGGUCUGAGGAAGUAUUCCUGUGAACUGGAACUGGACACAAACACAAUGAACAGAAAACUCAAACUGUCUGACAACAACAGGAAGGUGACAGCAGUGACAGAGGAUCAGCCAUACCCUGAUCAUCCAGACAGAUGUAACUACUGGCUUCAGCUGCUGUGUAGAACUGGUCUGACUGGUCGCUGUUACUGGGAGGUUGAGUGGAGAGGAGAGGUUCAUAUAGCAGUGACUUACAAAGGAAUCAUCAGAGGAGGAGCCAGUAAAGACUGCAGGUUUGGAGUGAAUAAUCAGUCCUGGAGUCUGAGAUGCUCUGAUAAUGAUGGUUACUCUGUCUGUCACAGUAACACAAGGAUAGACCUCCCCUCCUCCUCCUCCUCCUCCUCCUCCUCUGUCCCUAACAGAGUAGCAGUGUAUGUGGACUGUCCUGCUGGCUCUCUGUCCUUCUACAAAGUCUCCUCUGACUCUCUGAUCCACCUCCACACCUUCAACACCACCUUCACUGAACCUCUGCAUCCUGGGUUCUGGUUGUUAUCAUAUGGUUCUUCAGUAUCUCUGUGUUCUCUGUAGAGAAACACUCACACAUGGGUUUGGGUUCAUCAUCCAGCUCCUCUGCUGCAGAGUAACUCUUUUAUUUGAGCUACUUUAUUGAGAAAUUUCCUCAGAGACUGAGUUGUCUGAAGGUUGAGUAUCGUCCUUGGGGCCAUUUUAACAGCGAGGGAUUUGUCUUUAAAUUUCACUGAGUUUGUCUCCAUCACACCUAUGUUGUCACAGUUUCUUUUCUGUAAAAUUUUAUUGGAUUGGAUUGAAUUUUUUCUGGAUUUCUGAAACGUGUUGCUGUUUAUAAUGUGAAGCACAAGUGAUUAAAUCUGAUUAAACACUGAAUAAAUUAUGUUAAAGAUUGUCCUGGAGAGGCUGCUGCUGACAUUUGCUCAGCUUGUUUCUCUGAUAACUUCAGAUUCAAAUGUCUGAAAAUUAGAUUAAAUGAAUUAAGUGGAAACAUUUUGUAUAAUGUGAGAAAAUGUAAAACUUUAACUUUAACUUUAAUGCAGAACAGAUGUGUAUUAAACCUUUAGUUUGAAUGAAA